AUGGCGACGCAGGGUGGCCCCACCGGGCGCGAACUCGACCAGCAAGUGCUGCAGUGCCUCGAGGCGACCCUUUCUCCUGAGGAGGGUCGCCGUCGCGGCGCCGAAGAGCAGCUUAAGACCCUCUACCAUCACCCCGAGGGCGGCCUCUCUCUGACGAGGAUCAUGGGCGACCACUCUGUCGCGCUGGCGCAAAGGCAGUCGGCCGGUAUCCUGCUGCAGAAGUACAUCGCCCAGCACUGGUACCCCGGCGCGGACGCAUACACCCCGCCUACGACCCCCGCCGAGGUCAAGGACGCCGUGCGCCCGCUCCUCCUCCAGUCCCUGUCCGACCCCGAGAGCAAGAUCCGCUCGGCGUCGGCGUUCGCCACCUCGACUGUUGCCCGCUUCGACUGGCCCGAGGACUGGAAGGACCUGUUGAGCACGCUCGUCAGCAUGCUGCAGACCGGCCAGCCUGCCGCAGUGCACGGAGCCAUGCGUGUCGUCACCGAGUUCGUUAAGAAUGACCUCAGCGAGGACCAGCUGCUGCCCGUUGUGCGCGAUUUGGUCCCCGCUCUGCUCUCGAUUCUCGGCAACACCGAGCACACCUACCUCACCCGCGCGGACACGGUCGCUGUCUACCGCCACAUCAUCACGAUGCUGAACAUGGUCAAGGACGAGCACCCGGCGGCGGUGCGCCAGGCCCUCGACCAGAUGGCGCCUGUGUGGUUUAGCGCCUUCAGCCAGCUGCUCGCUGUUGACCCGGCGGCUGAGGUGGCGGCGAACUGGGACAGCCUGGCGCUCCGUAUCCAGAUCUUCCGUGUCAUGCUUACCUUCCAGGGUGCGUUCCCGAAGUACCUCUCGCCGCACGUUGGAACGUUCCUGCGCGCUGCCAUUCUCAACCUCACUUCUCUCCUCCCGACCUUCUUCAAGUACUACAUCAGCAACGACCCCGAUGCGCCGGAUCCGCCCGCGCCUGCCCCGGACGCGGCUUACACCGCGAAGAUGGACAUGGACGACCUGGCGUGCGCCAUCUUCGAGUUCAUGGAGCCGGUUGUGCGCGUGCCCGCCGCGAAGGAGCUGUUGAUUUCCAACGAGGGCGGACAGGAGCGUGGCACUGCGAUCAUGGAGACCAUCGUCGGGCUUGUUCUGAACUACACGCAGGUGACGAGGGAGCAGGAGGACGAGUGGCUGGAGGACGCGAACGCCUUCGUCGAGGACGAGGACGAGGACAACAUUGUGUACUCGCUCCGCAUCAUCGGACACGACCUGAUGGGCUCGCUUAUCGACAAGUACGGACGCCCGGUUGGUGUCAUUAUUAACGACCUGGCCAAGCGCCGUGUGCACGAGAGCAGCGACGCCCACUCGCGCGGCGAGGCGACGUGGUGGAAGCCGCUCGAGGCUCUUCUGGGCCUGAUCGGCGGCAUUGCGGACGACGUGCGUGGUAUCCUCGAGGAUGACGCCCUCGAGAAGCGGCCGAACACGUUUGACCUUGCCUUCUUCUUCGACCAGGUCAUCCCGGGCCUGCUGCAGCAGUCCUCUGCUCUGUUCCUGCAGGGCCGUGCAUUCGUGUUCGCGAGCCAGUUUGCCGGUGCGCUCCCGCCGAAUGUUGCUCAGCAGUACCUCGGUGCAGCGAUUGUCGCGCUUGAGGCGCCCGACACGAGCGUCCCCGUCAAGAUCUCGGCGGUCAAGACGCUGCGCAACUUCUGCCGCUUCGUCGAUGCCUCUGUCAUGGGUCCCGAGGCUCCGCGCGUGCUCUCGCUUCUCCUCCCGAUUCUUCCCGAGGCGAGCAAUGAGACGCUCUACCUCGUCAUGGAGACGGUAUACGCCGUUCUGUCGCUGGACAAGGAGCGCCUGACGGCCGACGUCGUGCGCACCGUCUGCGGCGCGGUGUGGGAGCAGUGGAUGAAGAAUCUGACCGACCCGGUUCUGACGGCGAUCGUGGAGGAGAUUGUGGAUGCGCUGGCGUCCUCGCCACUGCAGAGCGUCGUGGACACAACGACGGCCUUCUUCGCCCCGCGCAUCGCCGAGCUCAUCCUCACCCCCACGACCGAGGACACGGUCUACGUCCCCGGAGAGGCCGUUCAGCUCGCCAAUGCGCUGAUCAAGCCGCGCCCCGGCCCGCUCGGCGGCGACUUCAUUUCGAGCGUCACCGCCUCGAUCAUCACGCUCCUGCGCGGCACGGACGACAUGGACGUGAUCCAGCACGGCAUGAUCCACCUGACGCUCGUGGUGCGCAAGGACUGCGACUCGCUGAUUGCCUGGCACGCUCCUGAUGGAAGCAACGGGAUCGCGUGCAUCUUUGGCCUGCUUGGUCGCUUCCUCGCGCCGACAUUCAGCGAGACGGGUGGUGUCUUCGUCGGUGAUCUCAUCAUGCACAUGUUCCGCAAGGCGGGCGGGGCUAUCGCCCCCGUCCUCGGCGACCUGCUGCGGGCGAUCGUCCAGCGCCUCGCGACGGCGACGAUGCCGUCGUUCAUUCAGAGCCUCGUCAUCCCCUUCGCCUACCUCUUCGGCACCGAGUAUACGGAGCAGACGCUCGAGCUGCUCUCCUCGUUCCCGCCCGUCACCAUGGCGGACGGCACGCAGCGCCCCGCGCUCGACCUGGUGCUGCAGGCCUGGUGCGAGCAGGCGGACACGAUUACGGGCUCGUGGAAUAUUCGCGUCUCGGACCUCGGGCUCGGCAAGCUCUUCGCCCUCCCCGCCCCGCAGUUGCGCAAUGUUACCGUGCAGGGCGACAUGGUGGUGGACGAACGGAACCGGAACCGCAUCAUGACGCGGUCGCGAACGCGCUCCACGCCGACGACCUAUACCUCUGUGCCGUUCCCCGUCAAGGCGCUGAAGCUCCUUCUGAAGGACGUCUCGGCGGAGGGAAGUGGGAAGAAGAAGGGCGGCGCGGCGUACGACGGCGAGAUUGAGGAGGACGACGGGGACGACGACUGGGCCGACGACGACCCCCUCGGCUCGGCCGGCGAGGACGAGUUUGCGUUCCUCUCGGACUGGCUCGACGCUGGCGGCGGCGGCGAGAAUGACGCCCAGGACGACGACGAGGACCUCAAGACUGACCCGCUCGCGCAGAUCGAUAUGGGCGAGCACAUCACCAACGUCCUCCGCCAGUGCUACGCCUCCAACUGCAAUGGCAUGCAGGAGAUGGUCGACGCGCUCUCCGACCAGGAGAAGGGCAUCCUCCGCGGCGUCCUCACCGUCUAA